CAUCUUUUUUCUUUCAUAAAUUUGUUCGCACAUCGCAGUGAUUAGUGAAGGUGUUUUUGCAUAGUUAGUCGAAUUUUAACGCAAAUCUCUUUAAAAUGGCAUCCAAGAGGAUUGGAAAAUACUCCGUCGAUUGGAUGGAUUUAGCCAGCAGAAUCCCUUCAGCGCAGAAAGCAAAUUACCAAGCGUUCAAAGUCAAAUCUGAUGGAUUUCUAAGGAAGGUGGCAGCUAAUCCGGAAGAUCCGCCCAAAAUUGAUUGGUCGUACUACAAGAGUAACGCCGUCAAUAAAGCGGUUAUCGAACAGUUUGAGAAAUUGUACGCUUCCACUAAAAUACCGUAUCCCGAUGAUAAAGGAACCCUCGCAUCGGUAGCUGCCGAAGAGAAAAACGAACUGGAAAAGGUGAACAGAUUUAUAAAAGCAUCCAACGAUCGUAUCAAAAGAUUCGAAAAAGAUAUCGAAGCGAUACGCGCGGUGCCACCUUACGAAGACAUGACGCUGGAAGAAUUCGCUUAUCACCAUCCGAAUUUAGCUUUGAAUCCUCUCGAAAAACCAACGUUCUAUCCUCACGACGAACUCAGCGAACUUACUCCCGAACUAUUGGCUUACCAUCGAAAAAUGGGACAAAUGCACGGACCCGACAAGUACCAUCCGUAAAUAUUCUGCGCAUUAUUCGCUCGUCGUCGUCGAAAAAAUUAGCUCGCGGCGAUUACUGUUUUCAUUUGUUUUGUUUUUUUUUCCUCUCUCCAAUCGUACGAACGUGUUAGGUGAGUAUUACGAAGCUUAGGGCUGGAUUUUGAAUUACUAGUAAAUGCCGAAUUAUUUAGCUUCACGUUAAUGUAAAUGUAAAAAUGAAUAAAAUCUUACUUCUAAAA